AUGGCGGUACAAGUCGCUGAGGAUGAUGAUCACUUUCUCGGUCAGGCUGAAACCUACGGAUUAAUGGGUAUCUAUGGCGGACAUUUUGUGGGUCAGGCACUUGCCGCUGGCUUUGCAACGGUUGAAGAACCUAAGUUUGUGCAGUCUUUACACUGCUAUUUCCUGCUUCCAGGAGACCCGGGUGUGCCUAUUCAUUAUGCCGUGACGAGGUUGAGAGAAGGCCACGCUUCAGACGUGCGCAAUAUCGUUGCUUAUCAGAAAGGCCGUCCCGUAUUUCAGAUGAUGGCGAGUUUCAAAUUGCCAGAAGAGGGUGAUGAACAUCAACCUGAGAUGCCGAUUGUUCGUGAUGUAGAGUCUCUGCUGGAGGAGUUGAAUACACAGAAAUCUCCAUUCAACCCGCCGCCAACCCUGGCAGGCAGAACGGAAAUGGUGUUGGCGUCAGAUCACUUUAUGCAGCCCGCGUAUGUUGCUGGCCGAGCAGCGACACUGAAGUUGUGGAUGCGCUGUAAUAGUGAGCGAGCGCUUUCGCAUCGCGAGUCGCAGAUUGCGUUGGCCUUCAUGUCAGACAGUACGCUGAUGUUCAAUUCGGUCAUCCCACACGGGCAAUGGGUGUUGUUUGAUCAGCGCAGUAGUGCGGCUGCAGAUGGUCGAGGUAUGAAUCACGGUGAGUUGUACAACCGCGAGGGCCAGCUCAUUAUGACCGCUGUGCAGGAAGAUCAUAUCGCGACGAUUACUUUUAAUCGUCCAGAACAGCGAAAUGCGUACACGCCGGAAAUGGCGGUGAAGCUCACACAAUACCUGAGUGACUGUGACAAAGAUCCCGACGUGCGAGCGGUGAUCAUCACCGGCGCAGGCAAAGCGUUCUGUGUGGGUCUGGAUAUGAACGAUGUGCGUGAGCGCGGUAGUCGGGAAGACCCUGAUGCUGCCGAGGGGAACGCUGCGUUUUUUGAAAAACGAGAGGCUAACUGGGUCAAGGUCGAGCCAGACGCGCUGCCCAAAUUCGGCCGCCGUAACGCAAAUCCGUUUGGUACGGGCUAG